UCUCUAACGCCAUCUACCACUCUCUACAAGAACCCAUUCCCUCCCUCACCGCCUCCACUCUUCUCAAACAUUAUAAUCUCUCUCUCUCUCUCCUCUCUAAUUCGUAACUGUUCUGAAUUUUCCUCACGAAUUUCCAAACUGGCGAUCGAAAAUCACGACUCCACCGUCCGUGAAAUCAAGCCCAAGAGCAGGAGAAUCAUGGGCGCUGGAGGUCCCGAUGAUGAAGACAAUCGAUGGCCGCCAUGGCUGAAACCCCUCCUCCGAGAGAGUUUCUUCGUUCAAUGUAAGCUCCACAUCGAUUCCCACAAAAGCGAAUGCAAUAUGUAUUGCUUGGAUUGUAUGAACGGCGCUCUCUGUUCUCUCUGCCUCGCCUAUCACAAGGACCAUCGCGCCAUUCAGAUUCGGAGGUCUUCGUACCAUGAUGUGAUCAGAGUAUCGGAGAUACAGAAGGUUUUGGACAUUUCUGGAGUUCAAACUUACAUUAUCAACAGCGCUAGAGUUGUGUUCUUGAACGAGCGCCCUCAGCCGCGGCCGGGGAAGGGCGUGACCAACACGUGCGAGGUUUGCGAGCGCAGCCUUCUCGAUUCCUUCCGCUUCUGCUCUCUCGGUUGUAAGAUCGUCGGAACAUCGAGGGGUUUCCCAAAGAAGCGGGUGGCGGCGGUGGCAGCAAUGGCAGCAUCUGACUCAGAGGGUUCUUACAGCAGUAGCAACCACAGGCGGAGCAACAGCAACAACAACAGUAAUAGCAACAAGGUUCAUAGUUUUAGUCCUUCGACGCCGCCUCCAACAUCGGUAAAUUACCGGACGGCCAAACGGAGAAAGGGGAUUCCCCAUCGAGCCCCAAUGGGAGGACUAGUUAUAGAAUAUUAGCCACUACUUUUUCUCUUAAUUAUCCUACGACCCGUAAAAUGUAAUGUAAUUUUUAUGCUGCUCUUUUCUCCAACGCUCCGAGCUUUGUAAGAAAGGCCGGUGUUGGAAGACUUACUUUUAGCUUUGUACAUAGAAGCAUAGAAGUGGAGGAAAGAAGAAAAAAAAAUAAGGCCAAAAUGAAAGGUGGUGAACCUUAGAGGACUAAAAGUAAAAAUAAGUUUGUUAGGUUUGAUAAUUAUAUAAAUAGGUUGGGGCUUAUAGUGAAUUAUACUAAGUUUUGGAUCGAAGUUGUAAAUAGUGGGUGGGGUUCCUUUUUAUGGUUUUUAGAAGUGGUGAUGAAGUUACAAUGUAAUCCUUGGAAUAAUGGAAUGGGAAAAUGAUGUGAAUAUGUGAAAUGAAAA